UCCCUUCUUUUCCCACCCGCGGCUGUAGCCUUUUGCUGUCCGGGCCGUCCCCCAACUUGCAUCUCCCCACCCUGAACCGGCUGCCCCAGUAUCGGUUCCCCGGCCCGCUGUCCUCUGCCCUUCGUGCUCCGCGAAGUGUGUCUGUCUAUGAUCCUGGGCCCCAUGGCGCUGCAGGCGCUGCAGAGCUCGGGGGUGGCCUUCCGCAAGAUCCUGUCUCACUUCCCCGAGGAGCUGAGCCUGGCUUUCGCCUACGGCUCCGGGGUGUACCGCCAGGUGGGGCCCAGUUCAGACCAGAAGAAUGCCAUGCUAGACUUUGUUUUCACAGUAGAUGACCCUGUCACAUGGCACUCAAAGAACCUGAAAAAAAAUUGGAACCAUUACUCUUUCCUAAAAGUUUUGGGACCCAAGAUUAUCACCACUAUCCAGAAUAACUAUGGCGCUGGAGUCUACUAUAAUCCAUUGAUCAUGUGUGAUGGUAGGCUUAUCAAAUACGGGGUCAUUAGCACUAACAGUUUGAUUGAAGAUCUUCUCAACUGGAAUAACUUGUAUGUUGCUGGACGACUCCAAAAACCGGUAAAGAUCAUAGCAAUGAAUGAGAAUGUUGCUCUUAGGUCAGCCCUUGAUAAAAAUCUGAAGAGUGCUGUGACCACAGCCUUCCUCAUGCUCCCUGAAAGCUUUUCUGAAGAAGACCUCUUUAUAGAGAUUGCUGGACUCUCUUAUUCGGGCGACUUUCGGAUGGUGGUUGGAGAGGAUAAGACAAAAGUGUUGAAUAUUGUGAAGCCCAACAUAGCCCACUUUCGUGAGCUCUAUGGCAACAUACUACAGGAGAAUCCUCAAGUGGUGUAUAAGAUCCAGCACGGCCGACUGGAGAUAGAUAAAAGCCCAGAAGGACAAUUCACUCAGCUAAUGACAUUGCCCAAAACCUUACAGCAACAAAUUAAUCAUAUUAUGGACCCUCCUGGAAAAAACAGAGAUGUGGAAGAAACUUUAUUGCAAGUUGCUCAUGAUCCUGACUGUGGAGAAGUGGUGCGACUAGGGCUUUCAGCAAUUGUGAGACCUUCUAGUAUGAAACAGAGCACCAAAGGCAUUUUCACUGCUGGGUGGCUAUCAUCAGAAGACAGAAAAUAUCAGGUAGUGGUGAAGAUAUGAAGAAACGGGAACCCUCAUACACGCUGCUUGCGGGAACAUCACAGCUGCUGUGGAAAACUGGCUGGUAACUUCUCAAAUGGUUAAACACAGACUUAUCACAUGAUCCAGUAAUUCCACUGAAAACAUGUACUUGCACAAAAACUUGGACAAGAAUAUUCAUAGCACCAUGAUCCACAAUAGCCAAGAAGUGCGAAUAACCCAAUAUCCGUCACUAAUGAAUGGACAGAUAAAACGUGGUAUAUCCCACACAAUGGAGUAUGAUUCAGCAUUAAGAAAGAACAAAAUGGGGCACCUGGAUGGCUCAGUGGGUUAAGCCUCUGCCUCCAGCUCAGGUCAUGAUCUCAGGGUCUUGGGAUCGAGCCCCACAUCGGGCUCUCUACUCAGGGAGCCUGCUUCCCCCUCUCUCUCUGCCUACUUGUGAUCUCUCUCUCUGUCAAAUAAAUAAAUAAAAAUCUUUAAUAAAAUAAUAAAUAACAAAGUUCUGACAACAUGCUACCACCUGGAGGAACCUUAAAAACAUGCAAGGUAAAAUAAGCCACACAUGACAUAUUGAAGGAUUUGGUAUUAUAUUAAAUGCUCAGAAGAGACAAAUAUAGAAAGAAAGUAGAUUAGUGGUUUACCUAUGGCUGGGAGUAGGUAAUGGGGGGCUUGGGAGUGAGAGCUAAGAGAUGCAGGGUGUCUUACGGUUUUUUAAAAUGUUCUAAAAGUGAUUUUCUUGGUAGAUGGCUGCACAACUCUGAAUAUACUAUAAACCAUUGAAUUGUGCUUAAAUUCAGUGGUUAGAGUACAUUAAAUGGUAAGUUGUAUGGUGUGUGAAUCAUAUAUCAGUGUUUUAAAAUGGGAGAAAUGGGGAUGCCUGAGUGACUCAGUUAAGUGUCUGCCUUCGGCUUUGGUCAUGAUCCCGGGGUUCUGGAGUCGAGUUCCAAGUCAGGCCCCUUACUCAUCAGGGAGCCUGCUUCUCCCUCUGCCUGCCGCUGCUCCUGGUCAUGUCCACACACGUACAUGCACUCUCUCUCUCUCUCUCUGACAAAUAAGAUCUUUUAAAAAAUAAAAAUAAAUUUAAAAUAAAUAAAAUGGAGGAAAUGUUUCAUGGAGGAGAAGGCCCUUGAGAUGGUCUCAAAGGAAUGUGAGGAGUAAGUGGAGAAAGAGCAAGUAAGAAUGAGCACAAAGGCUGGGAAAAAAAGGAGGAGUCAGGGAGUGAGAAGUAGUACUGUGUGUGUGUGUGUGUGUGUGUGUGUCUAAAAAUUUAGGGGUUUUGUUUGAGGGUCUCACACUAGAACUUCCUGUCCUCUCUUUUUUUUUUAAGAUUUUGUUUAUUUAUUUGACAGACAAAAAUCACAAGUAGGCAGAGAGGCAGACAGAGAGAGGAGGAAGCAGACUUCCCACGGAGCAGAGAGCCUGAUGCGGGGCUCAAUCCCAGGACCCUGGGAUCAUGACCUGAGCUGAAGGCAGAGGCCUUAACCCACUGAGCCACCCAGGCGCCCCUUUCUGUCAUCUCUUAAGUUAAACUAGUCUUGAGGACAAGGAGACAAAUCUAAGUGUCAUACUCUGUUUCCUCUCUAAUGCUAUGCCAAAGAAGACCUGGGUUAAUAGCUACAUUGCUCGUACCCCUCUACUAGAAGACAAGGUUCCUCAGCCUGCUCCCAGAGAGGUUGCUGGGACCUUUGAAUUGAGAAUCUAUGAACCUCAUCAUGUGAGGAAGCAGAGCUAAAGUAAUGGGCCAUGGUGACAUCCAAUCUUACCUGACCGGUGUAUCAAGUAGCAGGUUUCUCCCUAUUCUUUUACAGAAAUUGGAGACACAAGUAUGAUUCCUAAAACUGGAGCAACCUGGGGGGCCUGAGUGGCUCAGUCAGUUAAGUGGUUAAGCAGCUGUCUUCCGCUCAAGUCAUGAUUGCAGGGUACUAGGAUCCACUCCCAUAUCAGUGUCCCUGCUCAGCAGAGUCUGCUGCUCCCUCUCCCUCUGCCCUUCCUCCCUGUUCGUGUUCUCGUUCUCUCUCUCUCUAAUUAAAACAAACAACAACAAAAAAACAAAAACUGGAGCAACUUGUAAGAGGGAAUUUGCUGUGAUUACAUAUUUUCCUCCUGUAGUGUAGUUCUGUAGCCCAUCAGCUGACAAGAGGCCCACAGACUUCAGUGUCCUUGUGCAAGUAUGACACGCAAAAGCCUCAGUCUGUUAACACAGCUGCUGUCCUUGUGAAGGACAACCUAGCACUGGUGAGAAGUCUUAGGUAGAUUCCCUGGGAGAACAGGCUCUACGAGAAGGGGGUCUGCCUGGAGGAGGUGUGUGGAAGCAUGCUCUCAAGAGGUGAAGGUGAAGGCAGCCAUGGGAUCAGGCAGAGGGACAAGCUGAGCUGGGAAGCAGCAGCAACAGGGGCUUCAGUCAUUCUUCCAGGGUAGCUCUGGAGCUGGGUGGCCUUGCAGGGUGGUCCCAAAUCAAGACAAGCAGGCAGGCCUUACCAAGGCAACAACUGGUUAUUGGAUGUGGGGCCUACUACCCUUGGUGAGGCAACUCCCUUUGGCUGGUGACAGAGCUCACAGAAAGACUCAGCUGUGAGCCAUCAGCCAUCAACAGUCCCAGCAGCUGGAGGAACAUUUGAUCUGGUUCUGGAAGGAAAUCUGAAUGGUGCUGAAGUCCAAAGGGCCUUCUGGACCUUUUUUAGCUGGUAAAACCUCAGACCCACCCACCAUAAAAUAUAUACAGAAGAAAUAUUCAAACAUGAAACAUUUAUAUGCUAACACUCUUCUUGAGCACUUUUCUCUGAAAGUCUCACAGACCUCUUGCCCAAUGUGGUCGCCACAAGACACAUGUAGUCACAGAGCCCUUGAAAUAUGACUGGUCCAAAUUGAGGUGGGAGGUAAGGAUAGACUACACACCACAAUUCAAAGACUUAGUAUGGUAGAGUGUCCCAUUAAUAAUUUUUUUAAAAGAUUUUAUUUAUUUGAGAGCGAGUGAGAGAGAUCAUGAGCUGGGGGCAAGGAGAGACAGUGGGAGAGAAGCAUACUCUCCGCUGAGUGGGGAGUCCCCUGUGGGGCUCGACCCAGGAUCCCAGGAUCAUGACCUGAGCCAAAGGCAGAUGCUCAACUGAGCCACCCAGGCACCCCUCAUUAAUAAUUUUUUAAUAUUGAUUGCAUGUUGAAAUAAGUAUUUGGAAUACAUUGGCCCAAUAUUAUUAAUAUACUAAUACUAGUAUAUGUAAUACUAGUUAUAUGUAUAAUACUAAUCGUAUGUAUAAUACAAAACAUAUAUUGUAUGCAAUAUACAAUACUAGCAUUAUUAAUGCUAUUAUUAGUACUAAUUUCACCUAUUCCUUUUUAUUUUUUUAUUUUUUAUAUGCUGCUAACCAAUUGAAAAUUAACACGUGUGGCUC